AUCACCGUCUCUUACAACCACCCUUGGAAUUCUCUACUCCUUCUUCUUCUUAAUCAAUAAGCCAUUGUAUUUCAGAAUGUCCGACCUCUGUCCGGUAUACGCUCCCUUUUUCAGUGCAAUGGGAUGCACAAGCGCUAUCGUGUUUACUUGUAUAGGAGCAAGUUAUGGUACUGCAAAGUCUGGUGUCGGCAUUUCUGCAAUGUCAGUCCUACGCCCUGAUUUGAUGAUGAAGUGUGUCGUUCCCGUUAUUAUGGCUGGUAUCAUUGCUAUCUACGGCUUGGUGGUUUCCGUCCUCAUUGCCGGUGACUUGAGCGUUACCAUGCCUCUUGCACAAGGUUUCGUACAGUUGGGUGCUGGUCUCUCCGUCGGUCUCGCAGGUUUGGCCGCUGGUUUUGCUAUCGGUAUUGUUGGAGAUGCUGGUGUAAGGGGAACCGCUCAGCAACCUAGAUUGUUCGUCGGCAUGAUUUUGAUCCUCAUUUUCGCUGAAGUUCUGGGUCUCUACGGUCUCAUCGUUGCACUUAUCAUGAACACCAGCGGUUCGGAUAUGAAAGGAGUGUGUGCAUAAACUGCCAUUGGGACGAGCGGCACCAGAGCUUCCGUUUUCUACAAUGGACACUUCAAUCACCCUACUUAGGCCAUGCCGGUUUUCGUAUAAUGAUUCAUAUUUUUCCCACUGCUCUGAUAUGUCUGCAAAUACCCAAAAUACUUAUUGAUGCAUUCACGGAUCCACU